AUGCAAGUCUUUCCAUCUCCCGCGGUUCAGCACAUCCGAUCCCGUGCCAAUCCGAAGCCACGAAUACACGAUCCCAGCCAAACACACCAUCAUUCAUCAUCAUCCUUGCGAAAUGAUGAGACUUCCGUGUUGGAUCAGGUUGUACCGGACACUACCGGUGUUACUGACACCAAGGAUCCCAGUGUCAUUGGGGAGCUUCUCCACCCAAACGGCAAGACAAAGAUCGUUGCAAAGGCAGGGUCUUUACUGGAUUAUGUAGGUGACGCAAUCGUGAAUGCAGCCAAUGAGGGCUGUGUCGGAGGCUUUGGAAUUGACGAAAUGAUCAACCGAGCCGCAGGGAACUACGAGAUCAAAGAGGCACGCAAAAAACUGGGUGGUUGUCCCACCGGCCAAGCCAAGUCAACGGGGUCCUUUCAAUUGAAGGACAAAUGUCGAUACAUUAUUCACGCCGUUGGACCGGUAUAUCGACGAAAGCUGGGACAACCAGAGCCUGAUUUUGAGCGGCUGGACGGACUGCUGAGAUCGGCGUAUAGAAGCGCCCUGCAGGAAGCAGGCAAGUUGCGGGUCGAAACGCUUGGGUUUUGUAUCUUGAGUGCUGGUGUCUUUCGGGGGGAGCGUGACCUGCAAGACCUUAUUGCCAUUGCAAUGGAGGCACUCAUGGAGGACAAUCCCGAUUUCCCGGGCUCUGUGUCCACCAUUACAGUCUAUGCAUAUACUCCAGAGGAGCAAGCCGCCAUGGCGGCUGUGGUUGGCGGUCGCACGAGUUCUGCAGAAUGA